AUGAAUCCGAUACAAGCAUUUAAGGCUAAAUAGAAACUCGACCAGAUUAAAAGUGGAAUUUAGGAAGGUAGCACAGGUUUAUUCAUGUUCUUUGUAAUUUUCAAUUUUUUGAUUGUGCUUUCUUCACUCGGAGUCAUUGGUUGCUCUAUCUAUCUCUUUGUGAUAACCAAGCAAGCCAAUGCUUUCAAUGUGAGCUUCUUAAUAACAGGCAUCGUACUCUCAACAUUUUCGAUUUUGGCUUUUAAAUUGAGAAAGAGUAUCCACUUGCUUGGAUGCUACUUGCUUAUUCUAGCUCUUGUGUUUUUCUUCAUGCUAAUUGUGACAAUUAUCAUGCUUAUCAAGAAAUCAGUAAUAGUUGAGGCAGCCAGAAGGUGGUUUGAGGACAGUGGUAAAACCCUAAAGGAAAUAGAGGAUUUUGAAAAAGAUAUGAACAGUAGUGUAGUCUCUGUCAGUACUGCACUUAUAUUCUUCUGUGGAAUUAUUGUAAGGUUUAUUGAUUAUAAUACUCUAGUUAUGUACAAUAAUAUUUGGCUACUGCUAUAGAAGUUCUACCAAGGGCAGAACAUUUGA